GCUUUUCAGCAAAGUAUUUGUGAAAAUAUUUUCAAAAUGGUUGUCAAAGUAAUCGGUGCUGUACUAUGCCUUAUUGUUUCUGUACAGGCAUGUAAGCUUCCAGAUGCUUUGCAACCAAUCGAAAAACUAUCUUGUGGAGUAAAGCUGCUUUCUUACGAGACUGUUACCAAGGAAGCAAAUAAAAAGUAUGACCAAUAUUACGAAAAACUGAAAAACCAAAAUUUAGAUGCCAAUCUUAUAAAACAGUUAGAUCUGCAUCAUAAAUACUUCAAACAGAAGAUUACUCAAGCGUUAUCCGAAUACAACAUCGAUAUCAAGGCUUUGGAACACGAGCGUGACGUUAAAGUUCGACUGGUGCUUUGUCGCAAGUACAUCAAGUGGGCGCUAACACUCAAUCCUCAGUUGAUUAAACUGGCCACAGAUAUUAAAGCUGAAUUAAAGGAAGUGCUCGAAAAAACAGGCUUGCCAUCGGCAACGAAAGCGAAGAUAAUGCAAAUGUUGGAGAGGUGCCUGAAUUUAUUAGCCCUGUUAGAUUUAGCGGCGCACAUCGGCAAUAGUCUGAUAAAGUUCUGGAACUGGCUCAACGAUUUGAACACGGUAAAAGGACUGCCCAAAAAUGUUCUGGAAAAUCACCAGGACAACGUGAACAAGUUCACCACGAGGAUUCAGCAAGUGACGAACGAAGAGUUGGAAGCCGAGGAGAUCGGCACGGAGGCCGAGGAAAACCUGAGAACGGAGUUGUCCGAUUUUCUGGAGCAUCUGGAAUCCAGCAAAAACGGUCCGAGCCAAGCGAUAGAGGCGAUCCGGGCAUCAGAGAUCGCUAAAGAAGCCGAGACCGUGAGAAAGAUCGACGCUUUCAGAGCGGGAGAGCUGGCGAGUAAGGCCAACGAGGCGGAGGCUGCCGAGCUCGCCGAAGCCGCCCGAGCCGCCGAAGCUGCUCGAGCCGCGGAAACCGUUAGGGCUGCCGAAGCCGCCAGAGUCGCCCAAGCGGCCAGAAUCUCUCAGGCGACCAAAAUUGCCGACACUUUUAAAAGUGCGCAGGCCGCGAGGGCCGCUGAAGCUUUGGCCGCUGAAAAUAGGGCCGCUAAUAUGGUGGAAAUCCUGCCGGCUUCGGAGAACGACAUUGCCACCGUUGGUUCUACCGUUGCUACUACUGGCGCCACUGUGAGCUCGAUAUUAGCCAGUAUUGUGUCGGUCCUAGGCUAACAAAUUCCUACCUGUGUAUCGAUUAGCGUUCAUCGAAAUAAAUCUUCACUAUCGGAACUGUA